AUGUCUAAGAUCUCAGUCGCCAACGUCCGGACGCAAGUCGGAGAGCUCCUUGAGUACUCCAACGAGACCAAGAAGCGCAACUUCCUCGAGACUGUCGAGCUCCAGAUCGGCCUCAAGAACUAUGACCCCCAGCGUGACAAGCGUUUCUCCGGCACCAUCCGCCUGCCUUCCAUCCCCCGCCCCAACAUGGCCAUCUGCAUCCUCGGUGACCAGCACGAUCUCGAUCGUGCCAAGCACGGUGGUGUCGAUGCCAUGUCCGCUGAUGACUUGAAGAAGCUCAACAAGAACAAGAAGCUCAUCAAGAAGCUUGCUCGCAAGUACGAUGCCUUCAUUGCUUCCGAGGCUCUCAUCAAGCAGAUCCCCCGUCUCCUGGGUCCUGGUCUCUCCAAGGCCGGAAAGUUCCCUACUCCCGUCUCCCACGCUGACGACCUGACUGGCAAGAUCAACGAGGUCAAGUCCACCAUCAAGUUCCAGCUCAAGAAGGUUCUCUGCAUGGGUGUCGCCGUCGGCAACGUCGGUAUGGAGCAGGAGCAGCUUGUUGGCAACAUCAUGCUUGCCAUCAACUACCUGGUCUCUCUCUUGAAGAAGGGCUGGCAGAACGUUGGAAGCCUUACCAUCAAGGCUUCCAUGUCUCCUCCCAAGCGCCUCUAUUAA